AUGCAGUGCUUUGGUAAUUCGAUAUCUUUCAAUGGAGGAGCACCUGGCGAUGCUUGUAAAAUAGGUUAUACAGAAUGUACAGGUGGUUCGAUUUGUAUAAAUAAUCGUUGUGAAUGCUUUCCAAACAAGAUAUCCAUAGAUGGACAAUGUACAGUAACACCUCAUCAUUACCAAGCAGUGUUUAUGAAUAAAAUAUGCAACAAUAAUUCGAUAUGCACAGAUGGAUCAAUUUGUGUUCAAGGAAUUUGCAUAUGCCCAAAUGGAAUGUAUAUUUCGAUGGGGAAAUUAGUCUGUAAACCGAUUUCAGUGAUCGCUGCUAAUCCUAUUAAUCAAUGCUAG